UUUCAGAGUGUUCUGGUUAUCACUUUUUUAAUGUAGGACCAUUUGAAAUUACGCUGUAUUAAUUAAUUAAUCUGAACAAAUAUCUUAGAGAUUCGAGAUGGUGGGUCGCGAGGUUCGAACAGCUGAGAUAGAACCUUUUGCUCCAGAACGAGAUGAUACUCCUGGAAUGUUGGAGAAGAAUAAGAUGAAGCUGGCUCUGAUUGGGGUCUGGAUAGUUCUUGUGCUUCCAGGAUUGGUGGUUACUUUCUACCUGUACUCUGUGGAAAAUAUGAGCUGUUCCAACUGCACUGAUGGAGAAUAUAACAGAGACUCGAGAUUCGAAGAAAAUACUCCAGCACCCAUGACAGUGGAAGGAAACUGUUUUGAUCUGAUUGAAGAAUCAAGAUACCCGGACCAAUGCAAGUUCUUUAUAGAGGGUGUGAGCUUGAGUACAGUAUGUAUCCUGGGUAAUUAUAAAUNAUCUGUAAAAUUACUCUCAUAA